AUGCACACCGAAGAAUGGGGAGAUUUUUGGUUGCAUCAACGCAUGAUUUUGUUGACAUCUUCCUUUAUUAUAACAAUAAAGGACAUGUUAUAUGAUUGUGCCUCAUUUGCACUUAUGUGUUGUUAUAUGGGUUAUGCAAUGGAUCCUCUUGAUUUUCCAACUCCUGUUAUACUCAAGGGCCAAGCCAAUACAACUUUGGACUGGGAUUACAAUUCGCAUCUUGCUUAUGGUAUUUUUUUACUUAUGUUUCUUGAAUCUGAUUUAGUUAAUGUAAGUACUCUAUUGAUAGGAAACCAUGGAUUAAAUAAUUAUGUUGUUAUGAAGCAAGCAAUUCACACUUUAAGGAGAGACAAUGUUGAUACUUUUGUCUUGGACGUUUUCAAUAAUAAUGCUGGUCUUUUUCCCAAAGGAAGCACAAGGGUGUGAUUGUCUACAUAUAUAAUAACCAUGGACUUCGAGAUGUAUAUGGCAGUGACAUAACCAAUGCAAUAACAGCUUCAGAGUAACUACAAGUGAAAAUGUGUAAAAAGUCAAAAGGAAAAUAUGAUAUAUUUUUUUUGUGUGUAUUAGGUGAACAAAGUAACUACAAGUGUUAAUGAAAUAUUCACAAGUGAAAAUUUGUAAAAAGUCAAAAGGAAAAUGAGGUCUUUAUGAUAUCUUUUUUGUGUGUAUUAGGUGAACAAAGUAACUACAAGUGUUAUAGGAUAUUCGCUGGUGCAUUCAAGGACUACAAGUGUGAGUGAGAUAUGCAUACCUGGCCGAAUGCAUGAAAUUUUAAUGUAGCAGAGUCUGUUUUAGUGAAUGUUUUAUAGUUAUAGUAACGAUUCACCUGAUUCAAGUCAAUUUACCCCUAUGGCAUCCAAUUAUGAUACCGGGAUAUAAAACAAUCUUGGGCAUCCCUUCAAGUCAAUAUAACAAGUGAAAUAC